AUGGCUCACCUCUCCCCCGAGGACAAUGUCACGAGACUGCCUUCGACUCGGAUAGAGGGCUCGAAGCUCGAGAUUACAACCCGCUCGCACCAAUUAGUCUCUCACACACGCCGUACAUCACUUGGCGUAGCGUACAUACCAUUAUCUGCCAUCAUCAACAUCAGCACAGCACAGUCUAUCGAGUGUCCAUUUCCAAACGGCAGAACUAGCCGCGAUAGUGGCUUGAUGAUUGAUUUGCAGGAAGACGACCAUCAAACUAUGCUGUUACCUCUAUCCAUCACCUCUGCUGAUGCUGUCGAUAGAAACAUGCGAGCAAUGUGUUUCACCGAAUACGGCUGGCGCCGAAGGAAGUACCUAAUACUCCAUCUAGAGCGAACAGCUCACCUGUGUCUUUUGUAUUACCCUCAAACCGAGAAGCUUGUAUUUAAAUUCGAGCAAGUAAAUGAAGCUUGUAAACAAGAGCCAUCCGAAAAAUAUGAAGACUUACCGGACCUACAAGCUCGCAUGGCAACGGUCAAUGAUUGGGCCAGUCGAUGGACGAAGAUCGUAAGCCUGGAAAACCAUCAACCGAUCGGCCAGCUGAUUAUGAGAAGAACCACUUGCGCUGCGAUGGGAGAAGAUCAAUGA